UGGGUCCAUCUGUCCUAGAUAACGAUGAGCUAGACAGGGCAGGAAUUGAUCUCGGUGCCACUGGCAGACUGCAGCUGAUGUACAAGUUAGCCGAAGGGACGGGUAUGCAAAUUCCACCUGCUGCUGCAAACGCUCUGCAAUUAGCAAACAAUGCUAUCGUCGGAAUGAUGGCUACAACUCCUACUCCAGCAGCUGCGGCUACGGCUGUGACGAAUCCUCCCAUUGCAACACAGUGUUUCUUAUUAGCAAACAUGUUCGAUCCUUCAAGGUAAGUUGGACAUUUUUUAUAU